AGGAAUUCAAAAUUGAAAAAGUAGAGUGGUGAAAAUGGAAAAGAAAAACGAGAUUAUUGUUAUUUAUUUAUUAAUUAAUGAAAUGGUAGUGUUGGAGCAGGGAACCGUGGUUUAAUGAUCAAGAGCUCUCAUUUUCAUGCAAGUUUGGUUAUAAAUGCAGAAGCUUUACUGUUGUAGCUUCCCUUUCACCAUUGCUUAAAUAACCCGUUUCUUUGUAUAAACUUUCCACUUCUUCCACCAUCUUUCCUUUUCUCUCUCUGUAUUUGAUUCAAUAAAAUCUUCCUUUUUCUGUGUGAGCAUCUCUCUGAUCCUUGACAGACACAGCACACAGGCUGGGGCUCUGAGUCUGAGCUGAAAUUUUGAAAAAAAGGGGGUUUGAACAUAAAGUCCAAAUUCAAUGGAAUUUAUUUGAAGAAAAAGUUUGAAUGGGGCUAUGGAGUACUCAAAAUGGUACAUUAUCUGAAAUGGCCAACAGAUUAUGGAUAUUGGUGACAGAGAUAAAUUUAGACUAGAAAGUAGCAUAGAGGACACUAUUAACUGUUCGAAUAGCAUGUCAUCGGAUUGGCAAUUUGGCGAGACAACUCUCACGACUAUGCCGACUGGUUUGGUUUUGCCAGGGAAUGUGGAUGUAGUUAGGAAUCAGGAUAUGGUUGGUUGUUCUUCUUCCACUGCUUCUAUGGUAGAGUCAUUUAGCUCCACUAUCUGGGAACAAUCAGCUCAUUGUCAGAACUUGGGAAUUAGCAACAUUCAAGGCCAUAACAUCUCCAAUACUUCAAAUAUUAUAGGAAUUAGUAAGGCCAGUGGCUGUCCAGUUUCUUCAAGCAGUGACAUUGAUAGAACGCUUGACAUCAGCUGGAACCUAUCCCAUAAUAUGUUAAAAGGGGGUGUUUACCUACCUAAUUUCCCGGGUAUGCUCCCGCCGAGUUUAUCUCAACUUCCAGCUGAUUCUUCAUUCAUUGAGCGUGCAGCCAGGCUUUCCUGCUUCAGUGGUGGGAAUUUUGGUGGUGAUGUUGGACAUUUCAACGUUCCUGACCCUGUGGGUGUUUUUUCCAGAGGCAUGGGAGUAAUCCCUGAGAGAUGGGAUGAAAUUCCACGAAACGGGUUAGGUUUGGCAUCUGGAACAGGAGGACAAUCUCAAAGAAACGUGGUUAACAGUGAAUCUUCCAUGCCUGUUUGUUUGACUAAUGAACAUGGAGCUACUGAAAGGGAUUCACCUAAAAAUGGAAGCCCUUUGAAAUUGGAUGGUCGUGGUAAACUUGCUGUUGAUGGUUCUGCUAAUGAAUCUGAUGAAGCUGAGUGUAGCGGGGGUGAUGGUUUGGGUGAACCAUGCACGUUAGAGGCCACGGGUAAGGAACUUUCUACGAAGGGUCUCGGCACGAGGAAAAGGAAAAGAAGUGGACAGAAGACUGAACUUGAUCAAGCCAAUGGACCUCUUCAACAAACUACUGUUUCACCUAAGGAUGAUGCUGAAACUCAGCGAAAAAGAGAUCAAAAUCCGAAUUCAACUGCAAACAAGGGUACAGGAAAACAUGGUAAACAGGCAUCUCAACCUUCUGAUCCUCCAAAGGAAGAGUAUAUUCAUGUUAGAGCUCGAAGGGGUCAGGCAACAAACAGUCAUAGUCUUGCAGAGAGGGUAAGGAGGGAGAAGAUCAGUGAGAGGAUGAAGUUUCUUCAAGAACUAGUCCCUGGUUGCAGCAAGGUUACUGGAAAGGCAGUGAUGCUUGAUGAAAUCAUCAACUAUGUCCAAUCACUGCAACGACAAGUCGAGUUUUUAUCAAUGAAACUUGCUACCGUAAAUCCAAGGUUGGAUAUUAACAUCGAUGGAGUUGUAGCCAAAGAUAUUCUUCAAUCACGAGUUGGUCCAUUGUCGACAUUGGGAUUUUCUUCGCAUAUGCCCGUUGCUUGUCCUCCACCUCAUAUUUCUCAUCACGAACUUAUCCCAACCAGUUUUCCUGCCAUAGGGAGCUCUGAGAUGUUAAGAAGCACAAUGAAUUCGCAUAUGACUCCAAGGUCUGGUGGAUUUAAGAAUCCUUCUCAGAUAAAGAAUGUAUGGGAAGGUGAACUCCAAAACCUUGUGCAGAUGAGCUUUGGGAUGCCCACUCCCCCAAAUUGUUUAGAAGUUGAAGGAUCUGAUUCAUCCGGCAGAACAAAAGUUGAACAUUGAAAUUCUUCUUGAUUUCCAAGAACCAUUUCUGCUUCUUCUUGUACAGGUGCAUUUGUGUUAGUUUUAGUACGAGAUUCAUCGCCACGAGCUAUUUCUACUUCGUGGUAAAAUGUGAAAGGAACUGCGAGAUUUAGUUGUCCAAUGUGAUAUAAGAAAUACCAUUACUGUAUUUGGAGCUGUGUUACUCUAGCGGGUAACUGAUAUAAGAAAUACCAUUCUGUGACAAUCACCCAGAAAUCAAUGACCUGGUAGAGAAACUAGUUUCCAAUCUCAUUAGUUCAUAUUAUAGGAGAGUCCUUGCCUUAGUCUUUGUAUAGAGGCGUCGAGGAUUCGACAUCUAAAAACCGAGAAACAGCUUGAAGUGAGUGUGUUUUCUUGUUAAGAAAAUGAGAAAACAAAUGAUAAUGUGUGAUUUCACUAGCUGGAAUGGAUUGGCUGCAAUUUUUAAAACUCUGCUGAGGGAAAUGUUGUUUAGUGUGAAUGAAUUGAGAUUCAUGAAACAUCUUUAAGCUUAGUAAGCAAUUGAUGAGUUUCUGCUGUAUAAAAUAUGAAAUGACCUUAGACUUUCAUGGUU